UACACCUGCACCAUUUGAAGCAAGGAAGUCGAUACCACGAUCGUUGCCUUUCUCGAAGUUGCAACGUUCAGUUGUUUGAAAUACAUUACGUAGGUCUACUCGCACUCGCGAUAAUACGUUACUGCAAGCCAGCAGAGAAACAUACCAAAGCAAACCAUGGGAGAUGUCCUGAACGAUGUCAAGAAACACGUGACGAAACCCAUAAAGAAAUUCGUCGAUUCGAAGCAAAAGAAGCUGCGGAAGAAGGCCGUGAAACUGCUCGAUGCAAACGAUUCCGACUCCUCGGAGGAGUCGGGGGGGAGGCAGAAGCACAGACGGGCGCUAGCUCAGGCAGCACAUGCCCACCAAAGCGCAACGACGGCACAGGGGGGUUACGUACUGGAGUCAAUCCGCCACUGGGACGUGUCGUUGCCGCCGGUCCGGAAAAACUACAAGAUGGGCGGUAAAAAGAUUCCGGGAGUCAAGUUUGGGAAACUGUUCAAGCACAAACGACGGGUCACCAUAGAAUUGUACAAGAAAGCGACGGCGCAGGAAAAAGCCCACUACGCGGAACACAAACGUCGGGUCUUUCAAAAACUGUACGCCAAGGCGUCCAUUACGAACCUUUCCAUCCAAGAGGAAAACGAGCUCCCCGCCCUGGGCGACGAAGAUUUCAUUAUUUUUCGCAUACUCAAAGCAGCGAAACGAAAGGGGGAGAGAGAUUUUUUUGACGUUGAUGACGACGACGAUUCCACGAUCCAUUCCCUGCCAAAUGGUGAUCUCGAUGCACAUUCUCUGACCACCUACAAUCUCACCGACUAUGGCGAUGGGCAGGGUACUGAUCAUGGCGACAACCAGAUCGUCUUCCGCUGGAAGGAGCGAUAUCGCACUCGGCUGGAGUCAAUGGAAAUCAUAGAAGUUUUGAAGGAACAUAAAAUGAUCCAGCUGGAGUGCAGCGGAGUCCUUCGCGAUGUUUGCUUCGACAAUCCGCACGAGGUCGAGACUUUCCUGAGGGUCUUUGAAAAAAUGAGAGAACUCCAGCACGAACGCGGGGCCAGAAUGAUGGCCGAGCACAACAAGGAAGAAUCUGGUUUUCGACAAAGGCUUUCGCAAACUUCCUUUCUAACAAAUAUACCCGAGAACGAAGAAUCGAUAGCAGAAGAGAACAACACCGGUGGCCUGGUUUCGAGUUUGGUUGGGAAAAAGAAGGACGAAGCCCUUCCGAAAUACGUCAACCUGCUGGUGGAAAUUGUUUCGGCUACGAAUUUGCCCAUUGCAGGUACGACUGAUUAGUGCGACGCAACCUUGUGCUUGGUUUUGGUGUCGUUUGUCUCAAAACUUCUUUCCGUGGUCACCGCGCUCUUCAUCCUCUUGCCGUGUAUUUGCGCGUGCAUUUUUUUUGUAUUUCUCAGAUGUAAUUUCGAGCGAUCCYUACGUGGUUGUCGAGGAUGGCCGGAAGGAAUGGCACCGAACGAGUGUCAUAUCAAAAACGCUCAAUCCGGUGUGGACCUUAUCGACCGGAUCGCUCUUUUUGAUCGAAACCACGCUGGUCGAAUUUUUCGAAAGCGCGCGACACGUUGAGUUCAUAGUCAAGGACUACGAUAGUGUUGGCGAAAAUGACGUUCUCGGAUCUGUUUUGGUCAACAAGAAAGAAAUGUUGCGAUCGACGGGUGAGCGCUUGGAAUACCCAUUGGGAACAUUCCAGUCAGAAGGGAAAGAGGUAUGAGUUUUAAUUGUGUUUUGAUUGUUGGAUCGAUGAAACCAGAAUUCCGAUGAGGAUCCUCACACCUUCGUUUUGUUUUUAUGCACCGUGUCAUACAUCACGGUACACUAACCGCAAAUCGAAUGAAACAAUUCAAAACCCAGUCUUCCAUAGCACUCCGAUUUAGGUCAGCGACCUCAAACGACAUUCGAUUUAUGCGCAAAAUGGAAGCAAAAAAGAAUAGUGGGAUCUUUCGAUACCUUGGUCUUUCCUCCAGUUUACCCACCGGGGUAUACAUCGAAGAUUGUUAUCUCCCGCCUCGCUCUCACCGUGCCAACCUCAUGAAAAGACAAAGCCGCGAAGCCGAAGAUGGCGUGACAAUUCAAUACCGUUUGAAACCUUUUGCGGAUCCCUCUCGCCCAGUAGCGGCAACAAAAUGGUUAACGAAAAGAGAAAUUGAUCAAGAGUCGAAACUACCAUCGAAAGAAUGGAUCGAAGCAGGCUCUGGCAAGGUAGGAAAAUUUUAUAUAGAAGUUCUAGGAUGCGAUGGCCUUCCAAAUACAGACUUCAGUGUCACCGGACGGAAUAAGAGCGACCCUUUUGUUUGCAUCACCUUUGAAGAUUGUAUAGUGAAUACCGACGUUAUCAACGAUUGUCUUUCUCCACGGUGGAUGCCAUGGACACAAAGAGCAUUUGUAUGCAAUGUUAUGCAUCCAAGCUCCCAAUUUUAUUUAGCUGUGAUGGAUUACGACGAGCAUGUACCGGGAACCCGCACGUUCGAUAAACUGGGACGCUGCAUUAUAAAUCCUACCAACGCCAGACCAAACACGGUGUACACUAUACGGAUGAGCCUAUUCAGCUCUGACGAUCACGAUCGAAAAAUGACUGGCAAGAUCACGCUUCGAUUCCGAUACGAAAGCUGCAACGAGCGACAGUUUCUUUUGGCGGCGUUUCAGUUUAAAAACCACUACGAUGUAUCAACGGACAAAAAGGCGGACUUUAUAUCAGCGAGAUACGCGGUAACGAAUGAUGUAAGUAUGCUUUGGCAUCACGCACAUACCAGCAAAGUACCUUCGGUGGAAAAUAUCGUCUAAUGCUUCUUUGGCCACGCCUUUCAUAUUUCUGUUCAAAACUUCGAACCAAUGCAGUACGAUUACAACUCGUUGAGUCUAGAUACCAUACAGAAAUAUGUUGACGAGUUGUUUGAAUACACAGAGAUUCUUGAUGACAUUGUUGAUGCAAUGAAAACCGUCAUCCUUUGGCGGGGCCACUUUUCGUUCAAAUUUUCGUUCUGUAGGAAAGAACACACCAUCAAAUUUCCGUUUCACUCGAUGAUAGCGUUCGGAUGGGGAGUCCUGCUCUCAAAUGACUUUGAUAGAUUCUUCAGUUUCAUUGGAUUUUUGUGUACAUGGGUUCUAUUUGCAAGCCUUGAAAGUAGAAGGGACAACCCAAAUCCAUGGAAAAGGCCUCGCACGUACAUUGAGAUGCUUGGCAUCUUGCUGUUCAACAAAUCCUAUGCGAGACACUGCAUCCGUGAGUACGAGAACAUUGAACCAAUCAUGGAAUACGACGAGCGUCGUGAAGAACUGUUGAAAUUUCGAAAAGACGCCAUCGAAACCAUGCGCAUCCGUAAUGAAAGCGACGCGAAACAUCUUGAGAAGGAGGACAGAGAGUUGGACAAGCAGGCUCACGAUCCAAGUGCCACGAUGACCAUUGGUGUCAACCAACUUAUUCUAUCCCCUUUCAAGGAUAUCUUGAUGCCUACGCAAUCAUUUUUGUACAAGUCGGUGGUGUUUGCUCGUAUAAUCAAGAGUAUUGUUUUGUGGUACGAUAGUGUUUCCUCCUUUUGGAUAGCUACAGCGGGAUUGAUGUUUUGCGCAGUUACGUUUUACAUCCCCUGGUCGUUUUUGUUUCAUUGGGCUUUCACAAUAUUGGUUUGGACAUUCCUAGGUCCAUGGAUGAAGCUGGUAGAUAUUUUCUUCGUCACAAACGUCAACAACAUGUCAUACAACGAACGAAAGGCACUGGUCGAAGAAGACUACAAAAAGAGAUACGAUUACAUAAUGGGCGAGUCCAAGAUCAGGCGGAUGCGGAAGGAACGCCGGAUGAAACUGCGCGAUAUGGAAAAGUAUAUGUUCGGACAGUACAUAUCGCGGGUUCCCAUCUUCAAAGAGGAGCGCUUCGGCUCGGUACCGCUGGCCGGUGGUUCCGCCGUCCCCUACGAUCCCGCAACCUCGCCCCCGGUGAACAUCGUUCGCCGCAUCAACGGCCAGGUUUUGACCGGGACCAUGGUCCCGAGACGAGACAACCAGGCGAAGAUUUUCAAAAGCAAAAAGAUUUUUGAGUCGCUCCAGCUGGAUGUUCCCGUUGUUGUCGGCACUACCGAUCCGCCGACGACUAGCCCCUACGGCGACGAAACUCUGCCCCUUUUAUUUGACAAAACCGGCGAGGUAACCAGCGGCGGUUCCCAGGACGCACCUGGCAAUGCUGCGGGAGCGUAUGGUACCAUGAAAGGCCGCGACAAAGUCGGGGACGAGGGACAAGAAAACGAUCUGCAGCUGGUAAAGGAGCUCGCUUUUGAAUCGAUGGUUUGAUUGGUUGCCGGAACAAGUUUGAAUGUAUGUCAUUAGGAUGUUGUGUGUUUGUUUGUUUGUUCCAUGCGGGCAUGGAUGUAAGCUAUAGUUUUCUCUGUAAACCUCCCAAUGCUAUCGACAACUUUAGAAAGCAACUAGUUUUAUGUGCUGCCAGAAUGUCAACAAAAAAAACUCUAAUUU